GGAGGCUCAGGAUGGCGGAUUUCGACGAGAUCUAUGAGGAGGAGGAGGACGAGGAGCGGGCCCUGGAGGAGCAGCUGCUCAAGUACUCCCCGGACCCGGUGGUGGUCCGCGGCUCCGGUCACGUCACCGUAUUUGGACUGAGCAACAAAUUUGAAUCUGAAUUUCCUUCUUCGUUAACUGGAAAAGUAGCUCCUGAAGAAUUUAAAGCCAGCAUCAACAGAGUUAACAGUUGUCUUAAGAAGAACCUUCCUGUUAAUGUCCGUUGGCUACUUUGUGGCUGCCUUUGUUGCUGCUGCACUUUAGGUUGCAGUAUGUGGCCAGUUAUUUGCCUCAGUAAAAGAACACGAAGAUCGAUUGAGAAGUUAUUAGAAUGGGAAAACAAUAGAUUAUACCACAAGCUGUGCUUGCACUGGAGACUGAGCAAAAGGAAAUGUGAAACGAAUAACAUGAUGGAAUAUGUCAUCCUCAUAGAAUUUUUACCAAAGACACCGAUUUUUCGACCAGAUUAGCGUUUACUUUAUUUAUAGAGACUUUCCAAGUAUGUUGUCUUUCCAAUGGUGCCUUGCUUGGUGCUCUCCUGGUGGUGACAUAACAUUGGUUCUACAGAAUCGUGUGGUGUUUUUUUCUGUUUUUUUUUUUUUAAUAACCGCAUGUUCUAAGUGUGCAUUUUUGUCAAACUUUGCAACAGUUAUUUCAUACAGAUGUUUAAUACUUAAGUUAUUGUGCUCUUUUCUGUUAUGUAUUCUGAUUUUCAAGGAUUACUUUUUUUGUAUUAUCAAAAAAAUACAUUUGAACUUAGCAUAAAAAGUGGCCAGCCUUUUUUAUUAUAUCACCAAGGUGUACACAUUCCUUUAUUUAUUAAUUCCUAAUAUAGAAAAACACCUUUCUAACGCUCUAGUUAUCUAUUCUAGCAAGCACACUCUUUGUAUUAUUUUUCUUCCUUUUAAAAUUUAACAUAGUUAUUAUUUUCAAACAGUAAGUUUUCUUUAAUAGCUUUUUGGAACCUAACAUUCUUUCUCAUAUAGUUCCCAAUGCUCUGUUUACAGCAGAAAUAUCUGUAACAUUAUGAAGACCUAUCAAAAAGUUUUGAAAGUAUUUCUGUCUUCAAAGGUAGUAAGGCAGGAUUAAAUUAUUUUUAUUAGAAUAGACAAAUUGCUGAAUGGUAUGCAUGCAUCUAAUGGUUACUAGAGCUCAGGAUCACAAAAUAUAGUAGCAUUGCAAUCUGUGUGUAUUUUUGAUCAAGAUGAUAAUAAUGGCCUUAUUUGGGUUAUUUUUUAUUGUUUAUCAAAUCUUAUACAAAAAUAUGGAAAUACUCCUUUUAAAAAUUUGUAAGGAAAAUAUUUCUCCCAAUGUAACACAAUUGUGGAACAGAUAUAUGUUUCUGAAAAGUUUUUGAAAGAAAGCAAGUCUUAGAAUUAAAAAUAAGCAGGUGUUUAAUACCCCCAUUGAUAGUUAGAACAGAUUAUUACUAAGAAUUGGAGGACAUAUUUAGUACUAUUUUUAUCUACUAGUUUGCUUUCAGUACAAUUACAUGUACUUUUUUGAUUGAGAGUUUGACAUAUAAGUUCAAAUCAGAUCAGCUUGUUUCUUUUAAAUAUAUACAAACAUACAUUUCUUUUUUCUCCUUUUGGUUGUAUAUCUCCAUGCAUUUUAAAACUUUUCUAAAUUUCUGAAUGGCCUAUGUGUAGUAAAUUUUUGUUUUUAUAAGCCUGAAAUUAUACAAGUUUUAAUGUGUGUCUAGAACUUGUUCCAUACAACUGUGGUAUCGAGCAAUAAUGUGAAUAACUUUUGAAAUUAUAUAAACUAUGCUUAAUAAUUUGUAUUAAGAAUUGGUACCACUAUAUAAUACCUUUUUUCCUUGUAUUAAAUCUUUUAAAUACCA